AUCGUUGCGGCGUCGUUGGCAAUCAUGGUUUCUAACAUAACCUCAAAAGUUAGUGACGACAAGUCUAAAUUGUAAAUAAACAAGAAAAUACGUAAAAUAUUAUUGUGAAUGUCAUGUAAUCAUUACGAAAUGUAUAACACUGACAAGUAUUAUUAAUUAAUUAAUUAUUUAUGUCAAAAACUUGAAAAAUUUGUGUUAUUGAAGGAAAGCAAUAAGAGAAAAUGGAUAAAGGAAAUAAGAAAUAUGAAUUAUUGGAUUUGGGCACAAAAUUAGAGAUACUUGAAAUUCUUCAAACUAAUGAGAAAAAUGGUAUAAAGACCAAUUGUUCAAAACUUAGUAGGAAAUAUCAUGUUUCAGAAACAACAAUUCGUCGAAUUAAAACCUAUCGUCGUGAAUUUUAUGAAAAACAUUUACAAGAAAAUGAAAAAAUGUCACAUCUCAAAUUAAAGAAAAAACUUCCUACAACAAAAAAUUCACUACUAGAAAAAACACUUUACCAAUGGUUUAUACAAAAAAUAGCAAUUGGACAAGCACCAUCAAGAUGUGCAUUAAUGAAACAAGCAUUGAAAAUAAAUUCCAUUGUUAAUGGUGAUCCUAAUUUUAAAGGAAGCAAUGGAUGGGUAGAAAGAUUUAAAAAACGAUUUCAAAUUCAUUCACAUUGGUUUAGAGAUAAUAAAUCAUUAAUUAAUAGUAAUGAUAAAAUGGAAUUUGUUGAUAAAUUAGAUUCAAUAAUGAAAUUAAAAAAUUUUCAAUUGUAUCAAAUUUAUAAUGCAGAUGAAACAAGUCUUUUGUGGAAAGCAUUACCAAUGACUGUUGAAAAAUUUGAAAAGAAUUCAUCAAUAAUGGAAUUAAAGAAAGAGAAAAUUACAGUCAUGGUUUGUGCAAAUGCCGAUGGUAGUCAUAAAAUUCCUCUUUUUGUUAUUGGAAAUAAAAAUAUUCAAAAUGUAAAUCGAUUACCUGUUGUUUAUAAUAGUAAAGAAGAUGAAUUUAUGACUCGUCAACUUUUUAUUAAAUGGUACAUUGAAGUAUUUUUACAUUCAAUUCGUAAAUUUCAAGCUGAAUCAGGAAGAUCAUACAAUGUUUUGUUAAUUUUAGAUAAUGCGCCAUGCCAUUUAUCGAAAUGUGAAUUAGAUGCAGUCGACGAUUUGUGUAGUGUGGAAUUUCUUUCUCCAAAUGGAAUUUUUCUUCAGCCAAUGAAUCAAGGAAUUUUUGAUGAGAUGAAAAAAUUUUAUAGAAGAAGCUUUUUGAGAGAGAUGCUUUUUGAUAAUAAUGAAUCGAGUUUAUUGAAAUCAGUUAAGAAAAUGGAUAUUAAAACGUGUUGUAUAAAAAUUGCUUCAGCCUGGUCGGAAGUAAGUGAUUUACAUAUUUAUCAAUCAUGGAGGAAAUUGAUACCAAUUUGUAAUAAUAAAAGUUCUCAAAUAACUGUUAAUGAUAUCAAAGAAAUUCUUCAAAGACUAUCAAUUUUUCAAAAUAUCACAAAUGAGGAAGUUGACACGUGGCUUCAAAUUGAUAGCCAUGAACCUGGUUGGAAACUUUUAAAUCUUGAACAAAUUGUCGAGAGUAUUCAAGGCAUUAAAACAGAAUUUGAAGAGAUGUCAACAGAUAAUUUAGAAAUGGAAUUUGAAGAUGUUCCAAAGCAAGAAAAUGAUCCACUCGAUCUUCAAAUUGAAGCUAAUGAUGCUUAUCAAAAAUUUCAGGAAUUUAGAAAUUGGUUUCAGGGACAAUGGGAAUGUGAUCCCGAACAUUUAAUAAUGCUAGAGCAAAUUAAUGACAUUACAAAGGAUAUAAUUUCGCGGAAAAAUGUUUAAUUUUUUUUUUUGUAAAUUCUACAAAAAAUUUGAAAAAUUUAAAAUAAUUAUAUUCCUAAUUAAAAUUGUGAUUUAAAUUAAAAAAAAAUGAAACAAAUUAUUUGUAAAAAGUAUUUUUAAUGUACAAUUAUUAACAAAGUACUUAAGUAAGUGUAAAUAAAAUAAAUAUU